GCAUGAUAAUCCUGUUGGCUACCCCACGCGGUCUGAGUCGGAUGGAAUAAAUUACUUACCUGGGUUCAUCCAUAAUCAUAAUUACAGAGACUGCCUAUUGGACGGGCGCGCAGUGGUUCGCUCCAUAAACUGGUGUGCACCCGCUCGGUUUGAGCAGAGGAGCAGGAGGAGAGCACAGAGCCGCUGAGGGACAGAGGACAGAGCGCAGAGACGUGUGGCCAGCUUGGAGAACGCGGGAAAGGCGCGUUUUCCAUUUUACGCGCAGCGAAAUCUGUUAACGAUUAACAGUUAGUGAUAGAUUGCUAUCGAAAUGUUCACAUAACAUACUUAAACUGAAUUCCUGAAUUUGUUCAUUCCAAACCAGUGACGUCUUUAAGUGAACAUUCCGCAGACCAUUCACUUCAAACGGAGAAGCUUUUCUUAAACUUCUGAUUGUUCACUCACCGAGAUAUUUAACUUUGAUAUGUAGUGAAUUAAGUUUAUAGCCAGUGGUUUUAGUGUGACCCUCGGUCUUUAACAGCGAGCAUGGAUCCUUUAUUUAAUACCACCGACAUGCCAAAUUGGACCACCGGCUCCAACGACACCAGUAACGGGACUGAAUACCGGAACCAGUUUGUGCAGCCAGUCUGGAGAAUUGUCCUCUGGGCCAUUGCGUACAGCUGUAUAGUUAUAGUCUCCGUGGUAGGCAAUCUUACAGUGAUCUGGAUUAUCAUGGCGCAUAAACGCAUGAGGACGGUCACUAACUAUUUUCUGCUGAACCUGGCGUUCGCCGAAGCCUCCAUGUCCGCCUUCAACACGGUGAUCAACUUCACAUACGCCGUUCACAACGAGUGGUACUUCGGACUGGUCUACUGCCGCUUUCACAACUUCUUUCCGAUCGCGGCUGUCUUCGCCAGCAUCUACUCAAUGACUGCCAUCGCUGUGGACAGGUACAUGGCCAUCAUCCACCCUCUGCAGCAGCGCAUGUCAUCUACAGAGACCAAGGUGGUAGUUGGAGUGAUCUGGGUGCUGGCUCUGCUCUUGGCCUUCCCUCAGUACUACUACUCCACCACAGACCAGCUCCCCGGAAGGGUGGUGUGCUACAUUGACUGGCCCGAAUACACUGUGUGUGACUUCAAAAAGAUGUACUUUGUGUGUGUGACCAUCCUGCUCUACUUCCUUCCUCUGCUGGUGAUGGGUUGUGCUUAUCUGGUUGUGGGACUGACCCUGUGGGCCAGUGAGAUCCCUGGAGACUCUUCAGACCGCUAUAAGGAACAGCUGACUGCCAAACGCAAGGUGGUGAAGAUGAUGAUUGUGGUGGUGUGUACAUUUGCCAUCUGCUGGCUGCCCUUCCAUGUCUACUUCCUGCUGCACCAAUUCUUUCCUGAAAUGUUUGAAGAAAGGUUCAUCCAACAGGUUUACCUGGCCAUCAUGUGGCUGGCCAUGAGCUCCACCAUGUACAAUCCCAUCAUCUACUGCUGCCUCAACGACAGGUUUCGAGCUGGUUUUAAACAAGCCUUCCACUUCUGCCCCUGUGUCCCUCGAGGCUCUUACGAAGGCUUGGAACUCAAGUCCACUCGCUACCUUCAGACCCAGACAAGCGUUUACAAGGCCAGCCGAAUGGAGACUACCGUGUCUACUGUUCUCCAGGUUGGGGAUGACAUGGAGCAGCCCAAGGUCAAGGUGAUAGCAGGUCCUGGGCCUGGUGGUGCUGCAGUUGGAGCAAGACCACAUAGCUCCUCCCUGGAUCUCACCUCAAAUGGGUCAUCAUCCCGAAGUGUCUCCAAAACAGUAUCAGAGACAUCCAGCUUCUACUCCAGUAACAACCUGCAGGAAUAGAACUCAAGCACAGGUAGCGUUUUGCUGGACAGCAGGGAGAGAGAGUGAGUUGACUGUUCACAUAGCUGCUUUUGCCUGUGUGUAUUCCUGCAAAAGUACAGCGUGAAUGUGUGAGUUUAUCUGUCAGUAGCCGUGGCUGAGCUUUUGAUGAAUACAUUUCCAGUGUGCUCAAUGGAAUGUCAUGUUAGGUAAUUUGCAAGUGAGACAAAGUCCCUGGUCACUGAGCGCUGUCUUUACUCGCAAUGCCCUUGUACAAAGUGCUCAUGUCAUUCACAGUUAAUGAUCAGCUUCUGUUAGAAAGGUUUGCUUGGUGCCAUGAAGUGAUGAUGAGUGCUUCAAUGACAUGAGCAAUUUCCAGUUCAAAAGCCAAACUGAAACAGACGGUAGCGCCUCUAAUCUUCACAGCGUUCACUUGUCACACCAAAAUUCAGUGCAGAAUGAAUGUUCACACUUCCGCAAUCACACAAUCUGUGUGACUUCACACAGUCUAUUUUGGAGCAGUGUUAUAACAUGAGACCAGCAUGCUGUGAACACAGCAGCUCUUUAUUUUAACAGUGGUGUUCUCUGUGAAGAGACAGUGCUCGAAGACCUCAGGAUUUUAGAAAACUCUCCCCUCCAUUAGUGGAGAAAACCUGGUUUUCACAGAAACCCUCCCCCAGAAGAUAAAUGUUGAAAACACAGGCAGAUGUGUGGUUUCAGCUGAAAGGCUUUCCCAGAAGAGGUGAUGGAGAAAAGAAAAACAACAAAGCAUAAACUCUCAACAUUGUAUGUGUUAGUGUGUGCAUGCUUGUGCAUGUGUGCGUGAGCUGAUCAGAAUGCCAACUCUAUCUCCCUGAGCAGGAGCAAUCCAAUGCACAAGAUGAGUGCCUGUCUGGCUGAAGGAACGCUUUACAGAUUCCCUGCAGGUCUGGCUGAAAAUUUCUGCCAAUCUCCUGAAAAACAGACAGUGUCUAGUUCAGUUUUCAUUUGGCUAAACAUUGAAUUCAACAGCUGGGGGCGUCUUCUCUGAAACUUAGAAGGUGCUUGAAAUGCUGAAGAGGCAAUAGGAAACCUCAAGUGAAAACUAAAAUCCAAAUUGCCCAGUAUGAGGCCUCAGUCCCUUAGGUAGUCUUUCCUAAACUCAAAUAACACUAAUGUGUAGCUUAGAAAUUGAUCUGCAAUGCAAAGCAGAUGAAACCUUCCAGUUUUCCAUAGAAUCAGUGCAGUUUUACAGUAAUAGCUGUUCCCUCAGCUCCACCUUUCUCAGACACAUGACAUUGGAUCAUGAUCUGAAUGCAAGGCACCACUUUCAAACUGUGAAAUAUUUAUGUAAUUCUCAUUAGCUGCUCUUCCCUUCCACCUGGCAGAUAACAUGCACUCUCUCUCUGUCUUAAUGCGAUUUGGCUGGAUUACAUUUAACACUAAACCUAUGUACCUUCAGUACACGCUUACAUUUCUUGUUGCUUGUUUCAUUUGUGUGUAUUUUCUUGGUAUUUGUACUUAUACUUUAAAAUAUCAGCAUUUUAUAUGCUGUCGCGUCAUCCAAAUGUAAUCCAGUCAUGAAAGAUGCAUGUUAAUAUCAGGUUUAAAGGGCUUCAUAGACAUUGCAGCCUAGAAUGUGUACAGGCAUCCUGUUAGCUGUAGUUCACUAAUGUGCAGUGAUGUGCCUUGCUGCGUAGCAUAAUGUCUGUAAAAGGGCAAGAGGAGCAGAGACACUCUGCUGGGGUUCAGGAAGAGGAAGGUUAGGUAACAGGGGCUACGGAAGCCCACUGGGACAAAUUGUCUUAACCCCCCACAGUGGUAAGCACACACAUACACACACAAAUGAAAUGACAAGCUUGGUCUGGGCUUUAAAAGAAAACCAGGUAAUAACUGUCUCGCAGUAUUCUUUGCUGAACUGUCAGUUCUGCAGUGGCAAGUAAGUUUAUUCGUCUCAGCAAUUCACUUCAUAUCAUAAUAAUCAAAUUUUAAGUUUCAUUUGGAAGAUUUCAUACAUUGUUGUUGUUUUUUUUCCUCUUUUUUUUGGAUAAUUUCUCAAAGGAAGUUGAAUUAAUGGUUCAAAGCCAGAAUGUGUUCCUACAAAUAUCCUGGGGUGUACUGACUGGUUAACUCCUCAUUAUUAACAUAUUUGCAGAACAAACUCAGGACACACACAAAGCAAGAAAGAGGACACAAUUUUGACAAGGCUUAGUGAAGUAUUUAAGUCUAAAGAAAAAUAUUGCAGUCAUUGAAAGGCUUUGGAAGUCAAAUUAUCAGAUGUAUCUUGUAAAAAAUAUAAGUCAGUCUUUGGUUAAAUCAUGUAUAAAAUUUAUAUUUUUUGCAGUGUGCGUACAAAGAGUAAUCACCUGUUGACACCCAUCAUCCUAUUUCACAUUCACACACAGACACAACCAAUGGUGCCCCCCUCAUGACUCCUGGUUUAUUCUCAUCACACAAAAGCUGUUGUUACAAAUUCCAGUGUCAGCAGACAUGAAACCGAGGAGCAGAUGUGAUGCAACAUGACUGUAUUGGAAUCACAGUGACUUUCAGUAAUAUAUCGCUGUAUACACCAAGUACAAAGCUAACAAAACUUUGUCUAGGUGACAUGGAAGCAUAACUAACAGUGAAGUACGAACAUGGCGCAAAAUGAGGGGCAUACGACAGAUGUUGGAGACAGCAUUUCAAAAAUGAUCAUCAACGGCGCUGACAUUCCACUUUUUCAUCUUAGCUGUUUACUCUUGUAUCUAUGUGUCUCUAAAGCAACUUACAAUAGCCUACUGGCACAUCCAAGUUGAAAUCUUGGUGCGGUAGUUGACGCUGUCACCUCAAAGCAAGAAGGUUUCAGGUUCGAGUCUGAGCCCUUCUGUGUGGAGUUUGCAUGUUCUCCCUGUGCCUGCGUGGGUUUUCUCCGGGUACUCCGGCUUCCUCCCACAAUACCAAAAACAUGCACAUUAGGUUAAUUG